UUUUGAUGCACUUUUGUUGGUGCAUGCAUGUCAGUACACAUGUCUUGUAGUUACAGGCUGGUGCCGAACCUGCCAAUAGCCACUGAGUGAGUUCAGACAUUCAGCUUCUCUUGCUUUUGGGAUUAAUGAGUUUCGAAAGGAUUAAUGGGCUGAACAUGUGAGCCGCGCCAACCCCCGCACCUGCCCUGCGCACAACAAACAGUUUAGAAGGAUCUUCCUUAUCUUUCCCCGGCAAAAGAGAGAUAAAAGAAGGCAUUUCCUGUCGCCGGCCGAGGCACUCCGAGACAGCGACCUCGCAACGGCGAAGAACUCAUGGUGGCAACUGAAUCAGCCUAUAUAGUAUGCCCCCCACUAUGGAACUUUGCACUGCUGCCGCCAUCAUCACGCUCAAAACUUGUUUGCAGCUCCGCAUUCUGCAAGCAAAGAGACAUUGAUCAGGGGAUCAUCAUAUCGACCAGGGAGGAGAUGGUGAAGGCGCCUCUCCACUCCUCGUCCUCGGCCGCCGCCGCCGCGGCCACCUUCUCGCUGGUCGCCAAGAAGGCGCGGCUCUCGCCCUUCAUCCUGCUGUCGCUGCUCUUCAUGCUCCUCUUCUCCUUCCUCUACGGGGAAGAGCUGGCGGCGCUCGUCGGCCGGCCAGCUGGUCGACAUUCGGCGGCACACCUCGACGUCAGCGUCAACCGCGAGCAUCAGCAGCCGGACGAUGGAUCGGGGGUGGAGGAUGGGUGGCAGAAGAAGAAGAAGAGGUGGCAGGGGAGGCUGGCGUUCGCGGUGAACGACGAGGACGAGGACGAGGAGUGCGACGUGUUCUCGGGGAGCUGGGUGCGGGACGAGGAGGCGCACCCGCUGUACCGGGAGGAGGAGUGCCCCUACAUCCAGCCGCAGCUCACCUGCCAGGCGCAGGGCCGCCCCGACAGGGGCUACCAGUCCUGGCGAUGGCAGCCGCACGACUGCACCCUCCCCGCGUUCAACCCGACGCAGAUGCUGGAGACGCUGCGGAACAAGCGGAUGAUGUUCGUGGGCGACUCGCUGAACCGCGGGCAGUUCACGUCCAUGGUGUGCCUCCUCCAGUCCGCCAUCCCGUCGCCGGACGCCAAGUCCUUCGAGAUGUCCGCCGACCAGCAGCACACCGUGUUCACCGCCAGGGAGUACAACGCGACGGUGGAGUUCUACUGGGCGCCCUUCCUGCUGCAGUCCAACGCGGACGACGCCGUGGUGCACAAGAUCUCGGACCGCAUGGUGCGCAACGGCUCCAUCGCCCACCACGGCCGCCACUGGGAGGGCGCCGACGUGCUGGUCUUCAACACCUACCUCUGGUGGUGCACCGGGCUGCGCUUCAGGGUCGUGAACGGGCCGAUCGCCGACGCCAGGGAGGAGGACGCGGCGUGGGUGUCCACGGAGGAGGCCUACGGCAUGGCGUUCCGGGACAUGCUGCAGUGGGUGAGGGAGAACAUGGACUUCAACACCACCAGGGUCUUCUUCACCAGCAUGUCGCCCACCCACGGCAAGAGCCAGGACUGGGGCGGCGCGGCGGGGGGCAACUGCUACAACGAGACGGCGAUGAUCGAGGACGCCGGGUACUGGGGCACGGACGGGCGGCGGAGCGUGAUGCGGGUGAUCAGGGAGAUCCUCGACGGCGACGGCGCCGACGUGCCGCUCACGUUCCUCAACGUGACGCAGCUGUCCAUGUACCGCAAGGACGCGCACACCUCCGUCUACAAGAAGCAGUGGAGCCCGCUGACGCCGGAGCAGGUCGCCGACCCCAGGACCUACGCCGACUGCGUCCACUGGUGCCUCCCGGGGCUCCAGGACACGUGGAACGAACUCCUCUACUCCAAGCUCUUCUACCCUUGAUCACAUUUGUUUACUUACUAGGUUGUGAUAACCAUGACAAAUGUAGAGUAGGCCUCCCGAGUACAAACCUGGUGUUUGAAUUGGUGGUAAAUAUUAUGCGUUUUGAUUCCA